AUGACGGCCCUCGGCAAGCGUGAAUGCCUAUGCAACACUGGUUUCAGUGUCAGAACUGUUGAUGGCAACCAGGAAUGUGUAGCGGUCCCUGAAGCUGAGAACCAGCUCAAAUGCUUCCAUCCUAUCAACUGGAAAUCGAUUGCGCGGACAUACAGGACCGAGACAGGGGUUAAGGACGCAAUUGCCUGCCAGAAGUUGUGCUCGAGGGAGAACGCGUGCACACAUUUCAACUAUCAUACGGACUCGCACGAUUGCGAACUCAAGAUCAAGAAUGGUUCGGACGUUGUGCAGGCAGAAAACGUUAUUACUGGACCGAAAACAUGCAAUUCAAGCUGCUACAAAGUAGGAAUGGGCCACACCGCUCCAGAAAUGGCCAAGCCGGGGAAGAUGUACAGUGCGUACGAUUGCCAAAGCUGGUGUCUAGAUACGAUCGGCUGCCACUAUUUUACCUUCAACGUGGAGACCAGCUUCUGCUACUUGAAAGGCGCAGAAGCUGCUGGUACAGAACGAAAGUAUUCCGGCGAUGUAGCAGGUCCAAAAGAGUUCUGUCGCGGAGGUACUGAGGAAGCCGAGACCGAGUCAGGAACGGCUGGUGGCAGUGGGGGAGGUGCGGCAGCCCCUGAAGCUGAGAAACAGCUCAAAUGCUUCCAUCCUAUCAACUGGAAAUCGAUUGCGCGGACAUACAGGACCGAGACAGGGGUUAAGGACGCAAUUGCCUGCCAGAAGUUGUGCUCGAGGGAGAACGCGUGCACACAUUUCAACUAUCAUACGGACUCGCACGAUUGCGAACUCAAGAUCAAGAAUGGUUCGGACGUUGUGCAGGCAGAAAACGUUAUUACUGGACCGAAAACAUGCAAUUCAAGCUGCUACAAAGUAGGAGUGGGCCACAGCGCUCGAGAUAUGGCCACGCCGGGGAAGAUGUACAGUGCGUACGAUUGCCAAAGCUGGUGUCUAGAUACGAUCGGCUGCCACUAUUUUACCUUCAACGUGGAGACCAGCACCUGCUACUUGAAAGGCGCAGAAGCUGCUGGUACAGAGCGAAGCUCUCCCAGCGAUGUAGUAGGUCCAAAAGAGUUCUGUCGCGGAGGUACUGAGGAAGCCGAGACCGAGUCAGGAACGGCUGGUGGCAGUGGGGGAGGUGCGGCAGCCCCUGAAGCUGAGAAACAGCUCAAAUGCUUCCAUCCUAUCAACUGGAAAUCGAUUGCGCGGACAUACAGGACCGAGACAGGGGUUAAGGACGCAAUUGCCUGCCAGAAGUUGUGCUCGAGGGAGAACGCGUGCACACAUUUCAACUAUCAUACGGACUCGCACGAUUGCGAACUCAAGAUCAAGAAUGGUUCGGACGUUGUGCAGGCAGAAAACGUUAUUACUGGACCGAAAACAUGCAAUUCAAGCUGCUACAAAGUAGGAAUGGGCCACACCGCUCCAGAAAUGGCCAAGCCGGGGAAGAUGUACAGUGCGUACGAUUGCCAAAGCUGGUGUCUAGAUACGAUCGGCUGCCACUAUUUUACCUUCAACGUGGAGACCAGCACCUGCUACUUGAAAGGCGCAGAAGCUGCUGGUACAGAACGAAAGUAUUCCGGCGAUGUAGCAGGUCCAAAAGAGUUCUGUCGCGGAGGUACUGAGGAAGCCGAGACCGAGUCAGGAACGGCUGGUGGCAGUGGGGGAGGUGCGGCAGCCCCUGAAGCUGAGAAACAGCUCAAAUGCUUCCAUCCUAUCAACUGGAAAUCGAUUGCGCGGACAUACAGGACCGAGACAGGGGUUAAGGACGCAAUUGCCUGCCAGAAGUUGUGCUCGAGGGAGAACGCGUGCACACAUUUCAACUAUCAUACGGACUCGCACGAUUGCGAACUCAAGAUCAAGAAUGGUUCGGACGUUGUGCAGGCAGAAAACGUUAUUACUGGACCGAAAACAUGCAAUUCAAGCUGCUACAAAGUAGGAGUGGGCCACAGCGCUCGAGAUAUGGCCACGCCGGGGAAGAUGUACAGUGCGUACGAUUGCCAAAGCUGGUGUCUAGAUACGAUCGGCUGCCACUAUUUUACCUUCAACGUGGAGACCAGCACCUGCUACUUGAAAGGCGCAGAAGCUGCUGGUACAGAGCGAAGCUCUCCCAGCGAUGUAGUAGGUCCAAAAGAGUUCUGUCGCGGUGGUACUGAGGAAGCCGAGACCGAGUCAGGAACGGCUGGUGGCAGUGAGGGAGGUGCGGCAGCCCCUGAAGCUGAGAAACAGCUCAAAUGCUUCCAUCCUAUCAACUGGAAAUCGAUUGCGCGGACAUACAGGACCGAGACAGGGGUUAAGGACGCAAUUGCCUGCCAGAAGUUGUGCUCGAGGGAGAACGCGUGCACACAUUUCAACUAUCAUACGGACUCGCACGAUUGCGAACUCAAGAUCAAGAAUGGUUCGGACGUUGUGCAGGCAGAAAACGUUAUUACUGGACCGAAAACAUGCAAUUCAAGCUGCUACAAAGUAGGAAUGGGCCACACCGCUCCAGAUAUGGCCAAGCCGGGGCAGAUGUACAGUGCGUACGAUUGCCAAAGCUGGUGUCUAGAUACGAUCGGCUGCCACUAUUUUACCUUCAACGUGGAGACCAGCUUCUGCUACUUGAAAGGCGCAGAAGCUGCUGGUACAGAACGAAAGUAUUCCGGCGAUGUAGUAGGUCCAAAAGAGUUCUGUCGCGGAGGUACUGAGGAAGCCGAGACCGAGUCAGGAACGGCUGGUGGCAGUGGGGGAGGUGCCCUUCAGCCGGGUGCGGGAGAAAACCCUGGUGCAGGUGAGGUCGAGAAUGGCGGCAACUCUGAGGAAGAGGAUCUCGACAACGGCGAGAACACCGAGGAGGGUCUCGGCAGUGUUGAGGACACCGAAGGGGGAGACAACGAUUCUGCAGGCAGCUCCGAGAACGACAUUACCACAUUUGACGAGCCUGUACCCACCGCACCGAAAGUCGACUUCAUCGAUCAGGCCAUCAUCAAGGUUUCGGCCAGAGCGGCACCGAGCCGCACCCAAGUCCAAAUCAGCGAGUGCUUCACGGUCUCGUUCGAUCGCAUGGAAAAGACCGUCACCGUCGCCAGUGGAUCGACAUCUCACAGUGGCAAAAUGGCCGGUGCGCCGUCUCCGACUGGCGGCUUCGUGUCUCUCUUCUACCAUGACGGACAGAAUUUGGCUGUUGUGUACGAUUACCAGCUGGACAGCGGCGACUACGGCAACGUUACCGUGAAAGUGCCAUUUGCUGAGUGCGGUCUGGACACAGUUAACAUUUUGAAGAAGAGUGAUGACGCUUCCUUUGAGGGUCUGCGUGCUUUCGUGACCCGUGACUUGAAGAGAAGCAUGACUGCUUAA